GAGGCUCAGCAUGUUACCCUGUGCCUCACAGAGGCAGUAACUAGGGCUGAUGCUGACAAUUUAGAAAAUAUGGAAGGUGUAAGCUUACAAGCAGUAACACUUGCAGAUGGUUCUACCACUUAUAUACAGCACAAUUCUAAAGAUGGAAAACUCAUAGAUGGCCAGGUCAUUCAGUUGGAAGACGGUUCUGCUGCCUAUAUUCAACAUGUACCCAUACCUAAAAGUUGGGACAGUUUACGUCUAGAGGAUGGCCAAGCCGUGCAGUUAGAAGAUGGAACUACAGCCUUUAUUCACCAUACCUCCAAAGAUAGUUAUGACCAGAGCGCAUUACAGGCAGCUCAGCUGGAAGAUGGCACCAUGGCUUACAUCCACCAAGCAGUACAAGUCCCACAGUCUGAUACCAUCCUACCAAUUCAGGCUGAUGGUCCAGUGGCAGGUCUGCAUACUGGGGAUGCCACGAUUGAAACCAUCAGUGCUUUGGAACAGUAUGCAAAGGUAUCCAUUGAUGGAAGUGAAAGUAUAACAGGCACUGGAAUGAUUGGAGAAAAUGAGCAAGAGAAAAAAAUGCAGAUUGUCUUACAAGGACAUGCAGCAAGAGUAACUGCUAAGUCUCAACAGAGUGGAGAGAAGUCGUUUCGAUGUGAAUAUGAUGGUUGUGGAAAAUUAUAUACAACAGCUCAUCAUCUUAAGGUUCAUGAGAGGUCACACACCGGAGACCAGCCUUAUCAGUGUGAGCAUCCUGGCUGUGGGAAAGCAUUUGCAACGGGUUAUGGAUUAAGAAGUCAUGUCAGAACUCAUACAGGAGAAAAGCCAUAUCGGUGUUCAGAAGAUAAUUGUACUAAAUGCUUUAAAACUUCAGGAGAUCUACAGAAACAUAUCAGAACUCAUACAGGAGAAAGACCCUUUAAAUGUCAUUUUGAAGGCUGUGGUCGGUCUUUUACAACAUCAAGUAUCAGAAAAGUGCAUAUUAGGACACACACAGGAGAAAGACCUUAUUACUGCACAGAACCAGGAUGUGGAAGGGCAUUUGCCAGUGCAACCAAUUAUAAAAACCAUGUGAGGAUACACACAGGGGAAAAGCCAUAUGUUUGUACAAUCCCUGGGUGUGAUAAAAGGUUUACAGAAUAUUCUAGUUUGUAUAAACAUCAUGUUGUUCACACUCAUUCCAAACCUUACAACGAUAAACACUGUGGGAAGAUAUAUAAGCAGAUCUCCACGCUGGCCAUGCACAGACGGACUGCCCACAAGGACACAGAGCCAAUCGAGGAGGAGCAGGAAGCCGCCUUUCAGCCUCCGCCAGGUCAAGGUGAAGAUGUUCUUAAAGGGCCCCAGAUCACCUAUGUCACAGGUGUAGAAGGGGAUGAUGUUGUGUCUACACAAGUAGCCACAGUAACCCAGUCUGGGUUGAGUCAACAGGUUACACUCAUAUCCCAGGAUGGGACUCAGCACGUCAACAUAUCUCAAGCUCACAUGCAAGCCAUAGGCAAUACCAUCACAAUGUUAACGCAGGAUGGCACGCUCAUCACAGUCCCUGCUCACGAUGCAGUCAUCUCCUCAGCAGGGACACACUCUGUUGCUAUGGUAACUGCCGAGGGUACAGAAGGGCAGCAGGUUGCAAUUGUGGCUCAGGACUUGGCAGCAUUCCACACUGCAUCGUCAGAAAUGGGGCACCAGCAGCACAGCCAACACUUAGUAACCACAGAAACCAGACCUCUGACCUUAGUGGCAGCAUCCAAUGGUACCCAGAUUGCAGUUCAGCUUGGAGAACAGCCAUCUCUGGAAGAAGCCAUCAGAAUAGCAUCCAGGAUCCAACAAGGAGAAACACGAGGGCUGGAUGACUAAUCCCAAGAGCAGUAAAGCCAGAGGAGCCUUUCAUCUUCAGGCAGCAGAGCUCCAGGAAGCCCGGGGCCCAGGAAAAUGGUAACUUUCCAUUCCUCAACACUAUACAUGUUUUUAUGCAAGAGUGGAGAACAUUUUAUUCUUGACACUUUUGUGUAUAUAACCCUUGGAACAGAUUUCCAAAUUGAUUCAUUGUGUACAAGGAAGUAUGAAACUAGGGCAAUCCAGUAAAUUUUCACAUUACUCUUUUAUCACAUUGCAGACUCCUAGAGUUUUUAUGUAAGACAGUGAAGUCUUACCGAGACUUAGGGUGGAUUUUUAACUUACUGUGA